AAGGAAAACUAUUUUCUCCAUGAUGUUGAAAAUUAUUUUACGUUUUCCGUUGAAAUAAACGGACACUAUAUGUGUAGUUUCGUAAAAUUUAUGAACAUUUAGUGCAAUAUGUGUGAUUAGUAAUCAUACAUGUUACCUUUUUUCGUUGUCAACCAGACGAAGAAUGGUGACAUCCUGGAUUGUGUGGAGAUCAAUAAGCAAUUUGCAUUUGACAAUCCAUUACUUCGAAAUCACACAAUACAGAUGAAACCUAACUUCAAGGUCUCCAAGCAAACAACAUCAACUGCCCGUUCUUUUACAAUAUUGUCACCUUCACAACUUCUACCGAAAAGCAUAAGAUGUCCCAGAGGUACUGUUGUUGUUAGAAGGAUUCAAGAGGUGGAACUAAUUGCCAUGGAUAAAUUCUCACCAUUGUUAGGAACAACCACAUUUUCGACUACAAAUAAAUCUUCCCACUCUACCACCCCAGACGAGGAAUUAUUACCUGGAUACCAAAUUGCAAAUCUUGUAGCAUCAACCAACAACGUAGGAGUAUCUGCCGUUAUUAACGUAUGGACUCCUGACGUCAUAACUGAAGAAUUCUCAGAGGUUUCUGCUUUUGUUGCAACUGAUGAUGGUGCCGCUAGUAAUGUUAUUCAAGUAGGCUGGUUGGUACAUCCCAUGUUAUACCAGAACACCACUAGGCUUUAUGCGUACUGGACCAAAGAUAGUGGGAAAAGCACAGGGUGUUUCAAUGGAUUUUGUCCAGGAUUUGUACAAGUCAGUCAAGAGACUCCUCUUGGCGUAGCCCUAACACCAGUAUCAACGUAUUCAGGCCGUCAAUAUUUUAUGGCAAUAACCAUUCAACAGGACAAAGAUACAAAGAACUGGUGGGUUUUGAUAGGUGACAAGCAAAUAGGAUAUUAUCCAAAGGAGCUGUUCAGUACGAUGGCGAACGGGGCGACAAGAGGUGGUUGGGGAGGAGAAAUAUACAGCAUAUCAACGCAUGCCUCUCCGCCGAUGGGAAAUGGUCAUUUCCCAGAAGAAGGAUAUUCAAAAUCUUGCCUUAUAUCAAGGCUAAACUUGGUAGGUCAAGACUUCCCUAAUAAUACAUCUCUACGCGUAGGAUCAAGUAUACCAGAUUGUUACAAGGCUAUAUAUAAUGGAGAUGUUGGAGGUGACUUUGGACAUAAUAUGUUUGUUGGCGGACCUGCAAAUUGUUGGGAGUGA